AUGCGUUCGGAGUUCACUGAUAUGCAUGCCUUCGCCUUGUGGCCGGCGAGCCAUGGAGGCCUGCUGCACCUCAGCCUGUGGCCUCUGCCAUCACGACGGAGUCUGCGCCACCACCACCACCACCCGCUCUCCAUCUCAGCCCUUUUCCCCCACUCCCAAUUCACCAACCACGAAUCCCUUCCUUCCUUGCUGGACUCCUUCUCCAUCUUCUCUUCCGCUUUCCCAUCCUACCUCGAAACCAUGCCGCAAGCUGAUCUCAUCAGAGAAACGGAUUACCCUCACCUCUCCGAUCAUAUCUGCCUCGAUUACAGCGGCGUUGGCCUCUUCUCCCAUUCCCAGGCCUAUAACCUCUCUUCUUCUUCUCAUCCCUCUCCUUUCUUCACCAUGUCCUACAAAUCGGCGAGUCUCAAGUUCGAAGUGCAGUAUGGCGAGCAGGACACCGGCUUCGAAUCGUCCAUUAAGAGCAACAUCAUGAGCUUCCUCAAGAUCUCGCCGGAAGACUAUGUCAUGAUCUGCACGGCAAACAGAACCACGGCAUUCAGAUUGGUUGCAGAGACUUACCCUUUCCAUUCCAACAAGCGCCUCCUCACCGUCUACGACUACGAGAGCGAAGCGAUUACGCCAAUGGUGGAAUGCGCGCUGAAGAGAGGCGCGAAGGUGAAGUCGGCGAUCUUCUCAUGGCCGGGUCUCGGUAUCAAUUCCAGGAAACUUAAGAAGAUGCUGGGAAGCAGAAGCAAUAAGAAGAAGAAGAAGGGUUUGUUUAUUUUCCCUCUCAUGUCCAGGAUGACAGGGGUUAGAUACCCUUAUCUCUGGUUGAAAAUGGCGCAGGAGAGGGGAUGGCAUGUGGUGCUCGAUGCCUGCACUUUGGGUCCAAAGGACAUGGAUACAAUGGGCAUGGCUCUUAUCCAGCCGGAUUUCAUCAUCUGCUCCUUCUACAAAGUGUUCGGCGAAAAUCCAUCAGGGUUUGCUGGACUCUUCAUCAAGAAAUCGAGCCACGAAGUCCUGGAGACGUCUGUGCUAGCCAGAAGCAUUGGCGUCGUCAGCAUUGCUCGAGCAAGAAGCACGCAUUCACAAUCUGGAGACGAAGAUAUGGACACGAGAUCAUUUUCCGGCCCAUUGAGCUCGAUUCAGAAGGCAGAGAAGAACUAUGAUGAAGGUGAAGCAUCUGAAAAAAAAGAAGCACAAUCAGAAAUUGUAGAAGAAGAGAGCCAAGCGAUGGUAGAAGACAAUGCGGGGAGAGAGGAGCCCGAUCAAGACGUAGAGAUUGAACUCAGAGGUCUGAAUCACGCUGACUCACUUGGCCUACCAGUCAUCCAAACCAGACUGAGAUGCAUAACAAAUUGGUUAGUAAUUGCGCUGAAGAAGCUGAGGCAUCCUAACUCGAGCAAUGGUAAUACAUUGGUGAGGAUUUAUGGACCAGAAGUGAAGUUCGAUAGAGGAUCUGCAAUAGCAUUCAAUGUGUAUGACUGGAAAGGAGAAAAGGUGGAGCCUGCGCUUGUUCAGAAACUGGCGGACAGAAGUAACAUUUCAUUAAACUGCGGAUUUCUUCAGAACAUUGGGUUCUCAGAUCAUAAAUAUGAACUAGAGAAGAACAGGGUACUGGAGAAGAGAGUUAUCGGGAUCGUUUCUUCGGGCAGCAGGAAGAAGGAGAGCAGUGAUGUGGGGAUUAGUGCUGUGAGUGCAUCGCUUGGUUUUCUGGUUAAUUUUGAAGAUGCGUACAUGUUUUGGGUUUUUGUUGCUAAGUUUUUGGAUGCUGAUUUCGUGGAGAAGGAGAGAUGGAGAUAUGUUGCGCUUAACCAGAGAUCUGUGGAGAUUUAGGGAGAGAACAAAGACAGUGAUGAAUCGGAAUUUGUUUGUUUUAUACUGCUGCUCUUUUCUACA